GUGUUCCGAUGUUUGGAAAAUGCACCAAAUUAGCUGCGAAGACGACAUGGGGGUAAUUGUUUAAAUGGCAUAGAUAAGCAUAUUUGAGAAAUAAGUUUUUAGGAAAAUAAUAAACAACGUCUUCGAAUUAAUGUAUGUGUUAUUGAGCUAUUUUCAGAUGACGCAAAGUAAAGCAUAAAGUACAUAUGUAUUUGGGAUCAACAAUGAACAAAGUUCGCAUCUUAAACUUCAUUCCAACUCCUGUGAUCAAUACAAUGAGAGACUCAACAACAAAGAAAACAAAUGCAGCAUCGAAAUCUUCAACUAUGAACUGUCAAACAAUGUCAACGGUAAAUACUAAUCAGGUUAGCACUGUACUCCUUUAUGACAUCCCAAUAGUAUCACUUUAUAUCGAAGGUCAAGAGCGGUUGUGUUUAGCCCAGAUAUCUAACACCUUGCUCAAACAGUAUAGUUAUAAUGAAAUUCAUAACCGUCGAGUCGCACUUGGUAUUACUUGCGUUCAAUGUACUCCGGUACAGUUGGAAAUAUUGCGACGUGCUGGGGCAAUGCCAAUUAGUUCUCGUCGUUGCGGCAUGAUAACAAGGCGUGAAGCGGAUCGUUUAUGUAAAAGCUUCUUAGGUGAUAAUGCACCGCCUAGACUACCUGAAGAUUUUGCUUUUACUGUGUAUCAUAAGUGUGCUUGGGGUUGCCGCGGUUCAUUUUUACCAUCUCGUUACAACUCAUCCCGAGCGAAAUGUAUAAAAUGUUUUUAUUGUGGCAUGUUCUUUUCGCCAAACAAGUUUAUUUUCCAUUCUCACCGAGUCACUGCAGGUGACAAGUAUGUUCAGCCCGAUGCGGCAAAUUUCAAUUCAUGGCGUCGUCAUAUGCUCCUUAACGGUCAUCCCCCUGAGGAAAUUGUCCAUGCAUGGGAGGACGUUAAAGCAAUGUUUAACGGUGGUACACGUAAGCGUCUCAUGAGUCACAAUUCUUCGACAUCACAAACAACAUCAACUACUCAAAGACAUGAGCAGCAAGAUAAGUUACAGCAUAGUAUAAAUGUUCCAGGAUCGGCCACAGCUUCCUACACUGGUACUUUGAACGAAAAUGGCAGGGGUGAAACCAUUAUGACAGUAGCAAAAGCUUCUGAUAAUCAAUAUUCUUUCCAUGAUAUUGAUUUAUCUUUACGUCAUAACAGUAGUUAUUUGGCGUCUCAUAACCUUUCUCCAGAGUCAACAAAACGACAAUGUAAUCAGGUUGAAAAUAAUAUUGGUACAGUAACAGCUGCGGCUAUGGUCGGUGUCACGGCCGUCGCAGCAGCGGUAGGUGCCGUACGACCGACGAACAUUGGAGGCGCAACGCCACAUAGUGUCUCAUAUCAAGGGAGAACUAGUAGUGUUUCUACAUUGCAACUAAGUGAAGGUAAUGGCCAUGAAAUUCCGCUAUCACGAAAUUUUAUGAUGGAUUACAUGUGGCAUGCGCACUCUGCUCAAAAAUCGAACGCAUCUGGAUACAAAAACCGAAAUUAUAAUAAUGGCUAUAAUAUUACAGUGAGCCCAUUUGGUCUUACGGACUAUGCGAUGCAUUGGUUAAAGACGCCAUCGAUUAGCAGCAAUAAAGAAUUUUUCUCUCAACUUCCACUGGUGUCUAUGACGGGAAGUGAGAGCGGAGAUCGUGAUGAAAGUAGUACUGCUCUCAUCCGAAGAUAUGAUAACAAUGAAUUUUGUCAACCACUGAAAUAUAGUACUUGGAAACCAAAUACUAAUACCGCUACGGAAAAUGGCGGUUGCUUUUCAAAUUCUGGCCAGGAAUUAGGAAAUCGAAAUAAAUUAGUCGAUGCAAGCACAUCUUUUAUCCCGCAAUUUGUCACGUCGUCGGCAUUCAAACCAGUUUGUCAACCAAGUAAACCAAAAAUUUUCAACGCUGUUGCAUCGGUAACGGUAGCUUCGACAACUGCUGAUUUAGCUACCACAUCUGUUAACUCUACCGCUACAAUAUCAACAAGUGCUCAAGCUACAAACAAAACGAAUCACUCUAAACUAUAUUUCAGCAAUUUACCAACAGAAAAUACGUUGCCACUAACUGCCGAUUCUCCUUUACUGCAUAAUACUAGUAUAACAAAUGCAGGGACGAUGGAAGCAGGAUGUAAUACCGCACCUCUUGCUUUGGCCGUUCAUGCUAACUUUCGUUCCUCAGCAUCAAAUACUUUGCAAUUUCGUGGUCCUUUACCACAAAACUCCGCACAUUCUCAAGCAACACUUGCCAUACCCCCUCAUUCGCCGUUUAGAGCAUCACCCUUAGGUCAGUGCGAUUUGAAACGUUGUGAUCUUGAUGUAAAAGGCUCUUAUGCCGGUGAUUCACAUUUUUCAAUUGGUGAAAAUAGCAACAACAACAAUAUUGAUGAUGAUGAAAUGGUUGACAUUGAAACGACAGAGGAUGAUUUUCAACCCAACAAAAUCUUUAAAAUUGCCCUUAAUAUGGCAUCAUGUCACCAUCAGCCUGAUGAUAUUAACCUUGUAGCAUUACAUAAUAACCCCCAUAAUCCCGAAAAGUCUGCUUUGGCGGCAGCAGAUCUCAUUUUGACUCCGGAUUAUUACAGAAAUCACAAAAAUAGUUCAAAUGUACAACCAAUACAUAUGCUUCAAAAUCAUGUGACAAACACUAAUAUCACUACAGAACCCAUUGCGUUUGAUAACAUCACUAAACAGGAUAUGAUCACAAAUAUAUAUACUACUAAAAAUAACAACAAUCGAAAACUUGAGAAAAAUUGUGGACGGUUUUGCAAAUCCCCAGUAUAUAGUAGUACAUCGAAUGAUAGUUUAUACACGCCAUUGAAAGAUGAAAGUAUCAAUAACUCCACCAGAUCUAUUGAAAUCGUAAAGACCAACUGUAUCACUCACCAACACCAUACUUAUAAUGUGGGGACAUCUUUACUAUGGAAGAAACUAUUGAGUUCAGAGAUAUGAAUACACCGACGUCAACAGCAAUCUCGAAGAGAAAUAUAAACAAAAACCAACUAGUUAUAAACGAAGAACACACUGCGUCAGAUAUGGAUAAGAAGAAGAAAUGCCAACAACGGAAUCGCAGCCCAGAGCGUAUAAUAUGACUUACAUCACUAAGCGUAGAACGUAUAUUCACCAAAAACUUAUUGUUAUCGACAUGUCAUAGUAUUUAUUAAAACAAACAAUCAAACAUAUUAUUGUAUUAUGUAUGACAUACAUAUAUAGCACAACAAAAUCGUAUAAUAAUAAAAUACUUAAAGUGCAAUGACUUUUUCUAUAGCGGCAGAAUAAGUGAAUGAGCGAAAGGUCAACGGUUUGGUUAAUAAAUUCAAAGAACAUUUGAAUGAUUUUGACAGGGUUACAUAUUUAAAAUAAAGUUAUUUGCUUCAAAUGCAUUAUCUAUCAGAUUUUCGUCUAUUUGAUUAAGAUACCAACACAAAAUAUCAUUACAGUUUUUAAACAUAUAAAACAUGUACUCAAAAUUAAUACUUAUCAGUGAGAUUAAUUUACUUUUUUCAUUAUUGUAAUGGUUCAGUAAAGCUACGGAUUGAUCCCAUUUAAUAUGUAUUCAUUGUUAGUGUUUAAAUGAGUUAAGCAUCCCCCCACUUUAACCGGGAAAACUGACGCACCUUAAUAAAACAGCUUAAUUCACCACUUCUGAUGACACCAACACAACUCACCAUAGCUAUGAACCCACUCAUCAAAAAGGAUGGACAACGGGAAAGCAGAUACAAUUCGACACUCACAAUUCGAUCUUCAACUACGCUAUAUACACUGCGCCGCGUCGACACCGUUCAACACAAUUCGACAUAUAGUUCGCCCAUCAACACAUCAAGAUUCGUUUUAUAUACUUCUAUUUUUGAUUUGAUUACCUUCAUGGACCUCCGUCGUUUAUAUAAAGUUAAAUAUUUUCCAAAUAAAUUACGUUGUAUAUUACACAAAUGUGUUACACAAGUAAACGGGUAUUUUUUAUUUAAUAUGUGUGGAUAUGUUCGAUUUAACAG